AUGAUGCUCAACUGCGAUGCAGUCAAAAGUUCCGCCUCCCCGCUGUCCGCUUUUCCCUUCCUCACAGCGGAAGAGUUCAAUUGCGCCUGUCACAAAUUUGCCGAGCGAGCGCGCAGCUGCACGGCCGCCCAAGAGGAUGGAGGAUGGUCGUCGAACCAUGACCUUUUCAGCCUCAGAGUGACCAAACAUGUCGAGGUCCAAGCUCCUGCAUCGGAGGAUGCAGAUCUACGCGAACUGUCGAGACCUACUGUGCCAGCUACGUCUCGGUCUAUGACUGCAUCGACGCAGACAGAUGUACAAGUUCGCGAUGCACAAGACGCGGACGAAGAACCCGAAGAAGAGGAAGCAAAAGAUCCGGAAGCAUUGAUUCGCACCAAUCUUCGACCGACUCUGCAGCUGGAUUAUGACAUUGUGUUAUCCCAAACGUAUCAAGUUCCCGUCUUGUAUUUCACGCUCCGAUGGCACAAUGACUCCAGCCCCGUGGGUCUCGACACGGUCUAUCAGUAUGUCGUUCCGCAGCAGUACAGACAGCAGUUGCAGAGUGUCGGUGUCAUGGGAGGAAUCAGUCUCGGGUAUCAUCCAGAGUCUGGGGCCCCGGCUUUUUUCGUCCACCCGUGCAACACCGCAGACGCCAUGACACAUGUGGCAGAUGAACGGCUCAUCACGGGCGAGACAUAUCUUCUCGUCUGGCUCGGCCUCGUAGGUCAAUCCGUGAACCUGCACGUUCCCCGCGAGAUCGCGCUUGGGAAUGGGGCCAGCUCAAGCUAA